ACGGGUGGGACAGCGGGACAGUCCCAAACAAAACGGGACUGUCCAGCGAAAAUCGGGACAGUUGGGAGGUAUGGUAUUACCCGUAAGCCUCCAAAGGUUAAUAGCAGUUUCCGCAAUUUUCGCCAUCGGAAUAUAGUGUAAACUAAUGAGCUCAAACUCCGAAAAGCUUUGCUUUGAUAAUAAUGGGGACUGCAAUCUGCAGCGCUAAUUAUCCUCAGGCUAUUAGUACAUUGUAACAAUACUUCAUUUUCUGAUAAAUAAUAAGUCUCCGAUUCAUACUUCCUUUAUCACCGCCGGAUGGUCCAUACUGCGGAUCAAUAGUGUAUCCCAAUAGCAGAAGCUGGGAUACAGGCUGGAUGCAAUCCCGGAACAGCAGGACGCGUUACUGUAAGAGGAGAUGCAUUUUCCUGAGUCCUGUAUCUCCUCACAUUGUGGAAUGUGUGCACAGCGUUCAGAUUUCCUGUUGAACUCUAUAGAUUUCCUGAAAUCCCUGCUCUGAACCCUAGGGCUUUCCAGAGGCUGGCUUUCCUUUCCUCUUUCACAUGGUAGGUAGAUCUCCCGUCCUGCUCUCUUCCAGAGGAAUAGUGUGCACAGUGGAGAGGCCACUCAGUAGAGGCAAGGGCUCAUUCCCAGGGAUUGGCCAGAUUGUUACAACAGAAGUCAAGUAUAUACUGUAUGUGGUAUUCUUCUGUCCUUUGCUGGAUUACAAAAUAACAGAGGAGUCCUGUACUCGGUGUGUGGAAGUAUUAUUUUCCCCUGGAACAUGGAAUAAUGAUGGAUUGUCAUCUGGGGCAGGAACUUGGAAUGGAAAUUGGAGCUGAAUAUAACCUGGUAAUUUGCUGGCGGUGACAGCUGAGAGAUGCGAUCGUCAGCUUCUCGGCUCUCGAGUUUUUCUUCUAGAGACUCAUUAUGGACUCGGAUGCCGGACCAGAUUUCGGUGUCAGAGUUUAUUUCCGAAACCACAGAGGAUUACAAUUCGCCGACCACGUCUAGCUUCACCACCAGACUGCAGAGCUGCAGACACUCCAUCACUGUGCUAGAAGAGGCCUUAGAUCAAGAUAGGACAGCGCUGCAGAAAGUGAAAAAAUCUGUGAAAGCCAUUUACAAUUCAGGUCAAGAUCAUGUUCAGAAUGAGGAGAACUAUGCGCAGGCUUUAGAUAAAUUCGGGAGCAAUUUUCUAAGUCGUGAUAAUGCAGAUUUGGGCACGGCCUUUGUGAAGUUCUCCACUCUCACCAAGGAAUUAUCUACACUUCUGAAGAACCUGCUCCAGGGAUUAAGCCACAAUGUCAUCUUCACGUUGGAUUCACUUCUGAAAGGUGACCUAAAGGGAGUGAAAGGAGACCUUAAAAAGCCAUUUGACAAGGCCUGGAAAGAUUAUGAAACCAAAUUUACAAAAAUCGAAAAGGAGAAGAGGGAGCAUGCAAAGCAGCAUGGGAUGAUCCGCACGGAGAUAACGGGCGCUGAGAUCGCGGAAGAAAUGGAGAAAGAGAGGAGACUGUUCCAGUUGCAGAUGUGUGAGUAUCUUAUUAAAGUUAAUGAAAUCAAGACAAAGAAGGGUGUGGACCUCCUGCAGAAUCUUAUAAAGUAUUAUCACGCUCAGUGCAAUUUCUUCCAGGAUGGCCUGAAAACAGCGGAUAAGCUGAAGCAGUACAUAGAGAAACUGGCUGCAGAUUUAUAUAAUAUAAAACAGACGCAAGAUGAAGAAAAGAAGCAACUUACAGCCCUGCGGGACCUCAUCAAGUCUUCUUUACAGUUGGAUCAGAAAGAGGAUUCGCAGAGCAAGCAAGGCGGGUACAGCAUGCACCAGCUUCAGGGUAACAAGGAGUACGGAAGCGAGAAGAAAGGGUACCUGCUGAAGAAGAGCGAUGGGCUGAGGAAAGUAUGGCAAAGGAGAAAGUGUACAGUGAAAAACGGAAUCCUUACAAUAUCCCACGCGACAUCUAACAGGCCGCCUGCAAAACUGAACCUGCUCACCUGCCAGGUGAAACCCAACGCCGACGAGAAGAAAUGCUUUGACCUGAUAUCACACAACAGAACGUAUCACUUUCAGGCCGAAGAUGAACAGGAUUAUAUAGCGUGGAUAUCGGUGCUGACUAACAGCAAAGAGGAAGCGCUUAACAUGGCUUUCCGGGGAGAGCAGAGCUCGGGGGGGAGCAGUCUGGAGGAUCUGACAAAGGCCAUCAUUGAGGAUGUACAGAAGACGCCAGGGAACUAUGUCUGCUGUGAUUGUGGCUCACCAGAUCCAACAUGGCUGUCUACCAACCUGGGCAUCUUAACUUGUAUAGAAUGUUCUGGGAUACAUAGGGAAAUGGGGGUUCACAUCUCCAGGAUCCAGUCUCUGGAAUUAGACAAAUUAAGAACUUCUGAACUCUUGCUGGCCAAGAAUGUAGGAAACAAUAGUUUCAAUGAAAUUAUGGAAGGGAAUUUACCCACUCUGUCAGCAAAACCUACUCCCUCCAGCGAUAUGACUGCACGUAAAGAAUAUAUCAUGGCGAAAUACAUUGAACACAAGUUCUCCAGGAAGAUGUGUUCUUCUGCGGCUGAGAAGCUGAGCGAGCUGCUUGAGGCUGUGAAAUCUAGAGACUUACUUGCACUAAUACAAGUCUAUGCAGAAGGAGUAGAGCUUUUGGAACCACUGUUAGAAUCUGGACAGGAGCCAGGUGAGACAGCCCUACACUUUGCGGUGCGCACUGCUGACCAGACCUCCCUUCCCUUAGUUGACUUCCUGGUACAAAACUGUGGAAACUUAGAUAAGCCGACAGGAAAAGGCAACACGGCCCUGCACUACUGCUGUAUAUAUAAUAAGCCUGAAUGUUUGAAACUGCUUCUGAGGGGAAAACCAACUAUCGACCUGGCAAACCAGCUGGGUGAGACAGCCUAUGACACAGCAAAGAGACUGAAGACGGCUCAGUGUGAGGAACUGCUCUCUCAGUCCAUGGCCGGCAAGCUGAACCCGCACAUCCACGUGGAGUAUGACUGGAACCUCCGGCCGGAAGAGAUUGAUGAGAGCGACGAUGAUUUAGAUGACAAGCCAAGUCCGAUCAAGAAGGAACGCUCUCCGAGACCGCAAAGCUUCUGCCAUUCUUCCAGUAUCUCUCAGCAAGACAAGCUGUCGCUGCCUGGAUUCAGCACUCCGCGGGAUAAGCAGAGACUGUCGUACGGGGCCUUCACCAACUUCAUGUCCACCAGCACCGACUUACCAACGUCUCCCAUAACAGACGGCCCACCGCUGCCCCCCAGGAACUCAGGCAAAGCUUCAUCCGGCCUAUCUUCCAACCACUCAUUAAAUGCCCAAACCCCCAGUGGCAGCUCCACAUUGUCCAAGAAGAAAGCGCCUCCCCCGCCCCCUGGACACAAACGAACUCUCUCCGAUCCGCCAAGCCCGCUACCUCAUGGUAAGGGCUCGGUACUCUGGGGUAAUGACACCGGCUACAGCCCAGCAGAUAGAUCGCUGAAUAAGUUUGAAAGACUGUCGCACUCAGCUAGCACAGGAACUACAAAGUCUACAUUGGGCCCCAGAGUUUUGCCAAAACUACCUCAAAAAGUGGCGCUUCGAAAAAUAGACACAACGCAUCAUCUCUCGAUGGACAAAUACAGCCAGCAACCGGACGUUUUCCAAAAAUCGCCACAAGCAGCAGACUUGCCUCUGAAACCGCAACUCGCCGAUCUUCCUCCGAAGCCGCAGCCUUCUGAGUUCACGCAAAAGCCGCACGUCGGAGACCUACCGCCGAAGCCGGGAGAAUUGCCUCCUAAACCUCAGCUGGGAGACCUGCCGCCGAAACCACAGCUGGGAGACCUACCUCCGAAGCCGCAGCUGAAAGAUCUUCCACCUAAACCUGUCCUGGGAGACAUGUUGCCGAAGGCGUCCGUAACAGAAGCAGUGGCCAAGCCGCACACCCCAGAGGCUAACCAGAAUGCUCAGCCGGCAGAGGUGAUCCAGAACUCGCAGCCCACCGACCAUACGCCAGUCCAGAGACAGGCGUCGGAAGCUUCCAGUGACGGGCCACCUCCUCUUCCAGAAACCCCUGUGCCACUUCCUCGGAAGAUCAACACAGGGAAGGUGAAGCUGAAGAGAGUGAAGACGAUAUACGAUUGUCAGGCAGAUAAUGACGACGAGCUGACAUUUGUUGAGGGAGAAGUGAUCGUAGUAACUGGAGAGGAGGACCAGGAGUGGUGGAUUGGUCACAUCGAAGGAUAUCCAGAACGGAAAGGUGUCUUCCCGGUGUCAUUCGUCCACAUAUUGUCAGAAUAGGACAUGGACUUUAUAGUGUUGUGGAUCCCCCCCACCCCACCCGGGCCGCAGCUCCUUAGCCAGCUUACUGCUGUAUAUUCUGUACUGCGUCUGUAUAUCACUUCAUCCAGUACUGUCAUUAUCUGUAUUGUACAUGUGCGAUGUUAUUCUGCCACUGCCAGUAUUGCAGUAGCCGGAGACGCUGAGAGAAAGAACCGCUUAGGUCCGCCGCUCUCGCCCCUUACUGUACUGCCAGUGCCGUCUUAUCCAACACUAUAAUACCGUACACGCUCUGUCCCUGGCCACACCUUGCUUUCCAGCCUCCGUAUCGGAAACGAUACCGGCGAUGGGACCCCGCGGCGACUCGGAUCCACCCGUCACCCCAUCCUCCAAUCACUCAGCAAGCUGUGUAUUUAUCACAGAUAUAAGGAGUUCAGGAUAGUUUUUAACAAAAUCGUCAAGUAUUUUCUGUGCCCUGUGUCUUGCGUUUGAACUUACUGCAACACCCAUACUGUUACUUUGCUGCAGGUAGUAAAAGAAGAUAUAUUUCUAUCCAAAGGCUUCUUUUAUUGAAGUAUAUACAUAUAUAUAUAAUAUACAUAUAUAUAUUAAAAAGAAAAUUACAUUUCAUGGGAGUUAACCUAAUGACUGCUAAACAAUAUUUAGUCUGUUUACAUUAUGCAUGCAUUUCUCCAACCACAGAAACAAUUCCGGAAUACUUGAAUCCUGCGCGUAAGCCGGGAAAAGAAUCGCAGUGCUUGGCUUAGGCCGAGUAGUUCUGCAGCUGCGAGGACCCGUGGGGGAAUAUUUUUCCAUUAGAAAGAUCUAUUUGAAAUAGACAGUAUUACUUGUUUCUAACAUGGAUCAAAUCUAGACGGGGGGCUGCAAGCCUCGCGAUAAUAAAGACGUACGCCUAUGUAUAACUCAUCUGUUUAGGUUUUUAUUUUCUGUUUUUGUAUUAUUUAAACUGUACCAUAAGUUAUUCGUAGAUGCAAAGUUGAAAUGGACUUUUAUGUAUAUUGUUCGUUAAAUAGAAGCUUAUCGAAUCAGACACGAAAAGUAUUAAAAUCCAUUGCUUGAGGGGAUCUCUGGUCCACGUUGGGGGGAGGCCCCCCUGUACCGGGCUGUUGCAGGGUCCUUCAGCCAAGUCCCCAGGUCACGUUACGUACCGGAUCUUAGAUGUUUGUUAUUUGUGGUAACUUGUUUAGUUAGAAAUGCAGAAUAAAUAGAACUCAUACACGUCAAACAGUGAAACGGAAACACACGAUUUACGUGAAUUUUUAUUAUUUUUUUGGUCACCAAAUAGAACAUAAACAGUGGAAGCUACAUUUUAUUUUAAUUGUAACUCAUUCCUGUGCACUUCUGGUUAUUUAAUUCUCAUUUUAUGUACUAUUAUCUUUGGAUUUUUAUUUUAUUUUUGUAGGCACAUUUUUUGCAUGUAGAAAUAUUUAUAUUUUCCCGGGGUUUUUUUUUUUUAAAUCUCAGACUGAUACAUCAUAAUUUUCAAUGCGAUAAUCAAAUAUUAAUUUGGCUCUAAUAAGCCAAUCAUAAUCCAGUCUAUUAGAUUUUGCAUGGAGAAACCAUUUUUAUUUAUUUACAAGUAUUUCAGCAAUACGCAAUAGAAGUCGUGGCGGACGGGCCUGAAGGAAGCCACACGAUUAGGUCUUUAGAUCACCGGUCUGCGCAGUUUACCCUGCAAAGUAUUUCAACAACAAUGGUACAAUAUUCUGUUUUUAAUGCAAAGUCACAAGCUCAUUUUAUUAAUCAUUCCAUAUUAUAAAUGAAUAAAAAUGUUUAAAAGUGACAUCGACAA